AUGGCGAUGGCGAUGAUAGCUGUGACGGCGAUGGCGGCACGGGCGGAAGGUGAAGGGGCGGAGGCGGAAGCGGAGGCCCUAACGGAGGACGACUCCGUGGAAUUGAAAGUGCUGGUGCACCGGGGCGAAAACGAACAAAACGAACAAGGCAGCGAAGGCCGCAACACCAGGAUCCCCGAAAAGAUGGCUAAGCACAACCAGAGCCUAUGGUUCGGUCAAAUCAAGGCCAAACGACGAUCCGAAAUCAUCUGUCCGGGUGAACCAAUCAAGGGAACAUAG